AUGGUAGCAGAGACAAACCAAACAACAGGCCUCAUGGCUGAUCAUGAUAAUAAUAGUCCAAGUGCUCGUAGUCGUGGCUCUUCCACCACGACUACUGAUCACUUGAAGCUUAGCUCAAGCUCACGAAGCGAAUCUCCAAGUACUGCCACCUUUUUCUCAUCUUCCCAAAAAGCAAGCCCAGUAGUACCAACUAAUAUCACCAAGGAUGCCAUUCGUCGAAUUGUGAAUGCUAAUGGUGCCACACUCAGGAUAGAGGAGUUAAGAUUCGUUCAAAAGCUAGGAAGCGGCGAUAUUGGGAGUGUGUACUUGGUGGAGCUAAAGUGCGCUGAAGGGUGCAUGUUUGCUGCCAAGGUUAUGGAUAAAGAAGAGUUGAUGAAUAGGGACAAAGAGAGUAGGGCAAAAACAGAAUUGGAAAUUCUUGAAAUGUUGGAUCAUCCAUUUUUGCCUUCACUUUUUGCUAGUUUUGAAGUUGAUAGAUGGUCUUGUCUGUUGACGGAGUUCUGCCCUGGUGGCGAUUUGCAUAUUCUUCGACAACGUCAACCUGAUCGUAGGUUUGAUGAAGCUGCAGUCCGGUUUUAUGCAUCAGAAGUUGUGGUUGCACUAGAAUACCUUCAUAUGAUGGGCAUAAUCUAUAGAGAUCUAAAACCUGAAAACAUACUAGUCCGAUCAGACGGUCAUAUAAUGCUCACUGACUUUGAUUUAUGCCUGAAAUGCAACGAUUCCACGAGCCCAAAACUUGUUCAAGGUCAAGAACAUGCCAUCAGCAGCCCGUUAACGUGCACCAAGGGUUCAUUGUCCUCGUGUAUGCUUCCUAAAUGCGUCAUGCCAAAACUCUCUUGUUUCCACCCCAAGAGAAAACGAAGAAUGAGACCCACUAACCGUCCAGCCUUUGACAUAAUGGCUGAGCCAGUUGAGGCUCGCUCAAUGUCAUUUGUUGGCACUCAUGAGUAUUUGGCACCAGAAGUAGUUUCUGGCGAAGGGCAUGGCAAUGCAGUUGAUUGGUGGACUUUAGGGAUAUUUGUAUACGAGCUGUUUUAUGGCGUGACACCGUUUAGGGGUGGUGAUAAUGAAUUUACCCUUACAAGCAUUUUGGCUAGAGGGCUUCAGUUCCCUAAAGAACCUGUGGCAUCUUCAGCUAUGAAAGAUUUGAUCACAAAGCUCUUAAUCAAGGACCCGGCUAAGAGAAUAGGGUCCAUGAAGGGUGCACCGUCAAUCAAACACCAUUCGUUCUUUGAUGGAGUAGAUUGGGCACUUCUACGUGGGGCUUCACCACCCUAUAUUCCUCAACCCGUCUCUUUUCGAGAUUUUAUUGCACAAAAUGAUAAUCAUGAUGAUCAUAUAGACUACUAUUAGUC